GCACGUGCCGCCACCCGGCACCAGCCCGCUGAGACGUGGAUCCGUCUACAUAGUGCCCGCGCUAUCCAUCCAGCAUUGGCACCACUCCCAUCGUGGUUGCAGGCGGGUCAAAGUAAACAAACACCACUGAAACUCCAAACUAGACAGCGGCCGCCUGGAGCUUCACAUCUUGGAUAGCUUCAUCAACACCGCCAAGAUGCCUCGCCUCAGCACAGGUCCACGACGGAGCAUGAGCAAGGGCCCUGCGGUGCCAUCCCCGCUCAAAUCCCCCGGCCUCAAAAUCCCACUAAACGACGACGCCCAAGAAAAGGAACAACGGUCGCGAGGACGCAAAGCCCUCCACGAGGCCCAGAUCAACCAGCUCAAACUCGCCGCGACCGCAAUCGCAACCCCCGCCCGCAGCGUAAUCGACGAAACUGGCACUCCGACCUCCAACGGACCGCGCACCCCGCGUCGCCGCAUCUCGGGCAAGGAGAACUUCUCCAUCCUCGACGACGAUGACAGGCCGGUUGUGGGCGGCGCCGUCGUCACCCCCAUGAAGCGCGUCCCUAUCCUGGCCAACUUUGAGGAAUGGAUGAAGAUGGCCACCGACAACAAGAUCAAUGCCGCCAACUCGUGGAACUUUGCGCUGAUCGACUACUUCCAUGAUAUGUCGCUGCUCAAGGAGGGAGACGGUGUCAAUUUCCAAAAGGCCAGUUGUACGCUGGAUGGGUGUGUCAAGAUCUAUACCAGUAGAGUCGACAGUGUUGCGACGGAAACCGGAAAGCUGCUCAGUGGUUUGGCCGACAGCCGCGACAGCAAGAAGAGGGAUAGGGGUGAGGGUGAGGACGGCGGCGAUGACGAUGAGGAGGAGGACGAGGUGGACGAGAACGGCAACGUACUAAAGAAGCGUAGAAAGAAGACCCAACGAUCCUCCGAAGCCACACUGGCACCCUCUUUCGCUUCCCUACAGCUCAAAAAGUUCGAACUCGAAUUCUCAGUAGAUCCGCUCUUCAAAAAGGCAUCAGCAGACUUCGAUGAGGGAGGCGCUAAGGGUCUCCUCUUGAACCACCUGAUGAUCGAUUCGCAGGGUCGCAUCGUCUUUGACAGCAGCGACGACGCCAUCGACACUCUCGACUCACGCAACCAGAAAGCCGCCGAAGAAAACGACCAAGAUGCCGACCCGGACGCCAUGGAUAUCGAUGCGAUGGAAAUCGACGGCCAAACCGAAAAGACCCAGACUCGAACCCAACAACAAGAAGAAGAGGAGGAGGACGAUGUGGAGAUCGACAUUGCCAGUCUUGGUGCUAGGUUUUUCCCAGAUCUCGGACGACUAGACGAGAUGGAUGUGUGCCCGUCACUCAAGACGUUCAUCCUCGGGGACCCCUCCGGAUCCCUCGAUAUUCCCUUCCUCAGAGCGCCGGAGGACUGGCGCCAGGAGCAAGAUAGAGCCAAAACCCCUGGCCUUGGCAACAAAUCCGGCUUCAUUAUUGAUGAGGAGAAUCCGCUCGGUUUCGAUGACGACGAUGCGCUGGGCGCAUUCGACCUGGGAGGAGACGUCGACGUAGCCUUCGGUGAGGGUGGAGAAGCCUGGGCCCGCGAAGCCGCCAUCGAGCCGCAAAUGAUGCGGGUCUUCGACGCCGGUCUAGACAUAGGAGAGGGCGAAGGUGGUGACGAUGGUGAUGGAGUAGACGGCGACCUCGAAAUGAUCGACCAAGACAAGGGUGAUUUCGGCAUGGUUAACAUGACCAACGCCCAAAAGACGGACCGGCUGCACGAAGACAUCCUCAGCUACUUCGACCAAGCCCUACAAAAGAACUGGACCAGCGCCGAGCACUGGCGCAUUCGCAAGAUCAAAGAUGUCAACAAGCCCCAGACGGGAGAACCACAACGCCAGCGCAAGGAGAAACAGGCUUUCGAGAUCGACUUCUUCACACCCGUGGAUCGCACCCUUCACGACGUUCUGCACACCCAAGCCACCACCAACUCGACCAUUUCGCUGCCUAAGAAGGACUGGAAGUCCAAGUCGCGCAACCUGCUGCCGGACGACAAGCACUUCAGCUCCAAGCAGCUGCUCAACCUCUUUCUCAAGCCCAAGGCCCGUCUCGGCCGCAAGCAGCGCGCCUUUGGUCGUUCCAAUGCCGACAACCAAAACCCAGACCAAGUCCCCGAGGGCGCCAUGGACGAGGCCUUCUGGGCCCAACAAAAAGCGCCGCUUAACCAGGGCCCAUCAUCGCAAGGCGACCAUCUACCGCAGGGUGACUACGACGCCAACUUCUUCCAGGAUGACGGUCUGCCGUUUGCCAACGGCGGGGACGACGAUGACGACGAAGACAUGGACGAGGAAGUCUUUGCUGACGCACGGGAUCACUUUUCUCCUGGCCCCGGUGGCACGCAAGGGGAUGGCGCUGUCGGCAAAGAAGGCACAGCAGGACUGACCAUGGACGUGGGCAUGACGGGCGCAUUUAAUGGGCUGACGGUUACGAACCCGGCCGAUUUGGCGUUUGGCACGAUGCUGGUCACGCAAUCACGAAGAGUCAGGCCCGAGUAUGUGCAGUAUGCGAGACGGGCCAAGAAGGUGGAUGUCAGGAGGCUGAAGGAGGAACUUUGGCGGGGGAUGGGGAUGGACAUGUUGGAUGGCACAACACCAAACCCCGAAGACUCCCUCCUCUCUCCACCACUAACAACCCCAUCUGCCCAACCGGGCUCAGAACCUCCCAAAGAAGGGGAAGAACAAAAACCAACGCUCAAGUUCACAGAAGUCAUGAACUCGCUGCAAAAAGUUUACCCCAAAACGGCCAUGGACGACAUCUCCACUAGUUACUGCUUCAUUUGCUUGUUGCAUCUUGCCAACGAAAAAGGGUUGGUGAUUGAGAAGAGCGACGAGUUGACGGAGCUGUAUAUAAAGAAGGACGCGAAUGCUGUUGUUGAGGAGGGCGGUGGUGAGUGAGUGAGUGAUAAUUGGGCGCUAGAUGGAGAUAGAUAGCAUGGGGGUUGUUUUGGGAGUGGAUGUAGUUGUAGUGUGAGGGAGACAGUGUGUGAGAUAUAGAUACCCCAGUUUAGCGGGAAGGUUGUGUUUUGCAACGAAAACGAAGAGGAUAAAUACGCAAAUGAGGAUGGGUGGUUGGG